CGGCGGCUUCUCCCCGCUGGCUCCAAGCUCUGGGUAACCCAGGCCAAUUGAUCACGCGCAGCCGAGCCCUCUGGAGGCUUCCCCUCUGUGCCCGGGAGCGGAGCAGCGGUCGGGAGACCUCCCCGCGCCUGUGCCACGCGGCCGCCUCCUCCGAGGCGCUGCGAUGUGCUGCGAGAAGUGGAGUCGCGUGGCCGAAAUGUGUCUCUUCCUGGAAGACCUGCAGGAGGGCUCCCGGAUCCUCUGCUUCUGCUCUCGGGCGUUCGUGGAAGAUCGGAAAUUGUACAAUUUGGGAUUAAAAGGCUACUAUGUGAAAGACAAUGGCACCAAUGCAGGAGACCAGCUGACAGAAGAGGAGGAGGAGAGUAGUCAUUCUGAGGGCCCUGUGGAGUCACAUGACAGCAGAGCCCCAGGCCCAGAUGAAAGUGAACUUGAUUCUGAGGCUGAACUGAUGAGAAGUAUGGGGCUGCCACUGCAGUUUGGUGGGAUGUCUGUGCAUAAGAAUUUCGAGGUAUCUAUGAAUACUAGAAACAGAGUUAAAAUGAAAAAGAAAAAGAAAAAACACCAAAAGAAGUACUUCAGUGAAAUUCUGAGAGAAUCUCGGAGCCAAGAAUGUGAAGAUGACAUUUUGGCUUCAGAUGAUCCGUCUUCAGUUGAACAGAAUGAGAAGACCAGAACAUGUAACUGUCAAACCCCAAAAGACAUGGAAACUGAAAAGCUUCCUGUUGAAAGAACAUUACCUCCAAAGCUGGAGAUUACAGAGAAAUGGGAAACAUAUUGGAACGAAUAUGGUGGAGGACUGUUAUGGCAGAGCUGGCAAGACAAACAUUCAGGUCAAACCCUAUGUUCUGAACCUUGGAACAUGCCUGAUACAAAGGAGGAGUGGGAACAACAUUAUAGUCACGUUUAUUGGUAUUACUUGGAACAGUUUCAGUAUUGGGAAGCUCAGGGGUGGACUUUUGAAGCCUCACAAAGCUGUGACACAGACGCCUGUGGGGCCGAAACAGAAGUUGACAAGAGAGAUGAAAAUUGUGUGAAAGCAAACGUCCUUUCUUUCCCGUCUUCAUCAGUUGGUAGCGAAAGCUCUAGUUCAGGUGACAAAGAUCACAGUGAAAUCCUUGAUGGAAUUAGUAACAUAAAUCUGAAUUCAGAGGAAGGAGAACAGAGCCAAUUAGUGUCCUCUGGGAGCGGUGACGGACGUCCGUGUCUAAGUGAAGUCCACGGCAGAAGAGAAUGUCCCACCUCUGGCCAAAGGGAACCGUGUCAUGGCGGAGCCAAGGGGAGCGACCUGUCUGAGGCUGGGAGCACAGAGCAUCCCGCUGAGGAUUCCCGUAAGUCCUCAGAAGCAAACGCCGCCGGAGACCGACCACGCGCCAGCAGCACUGACGGAGACGAGAGCGGGGACGACCCGCCUGAACAGAAGCCAAGCAGACUUAAGAGGAGCCAUGAACUGGACCCCGAUGAAAACCCAGAUUCAGACGUGGACCACAGUGGUUCCCUUCUAGGAUUCAAGCAUGGCUCGGGACAAAAAUACGGUGGGAUUUCCCAUUUCAGUCACCGGCGGGUCAAGUAUCUGCAGAAGAAUGUGAAGUACAAGUCCAAGUUCUUGGACAUGAGAAAACAAAUCAAAGUGAAAAAUAAACACAUCUUCUUUACUGAAGGGUCAGAAAAAACACUUUCCAAGAAAAGCAAAACUUUGACUAAGGUAGAAAAAUUCCUAAAAUGGGUUAACGAACCAAUGGAAGAGGAAGCAUCGCCACCGUUGGUUUCUGGUGACAAUGUUCCGGACACCUGUGCCAGCAGCGAUUCAGAAGAAAAUGAACCGUCCAUUAAAAAAGGUGAUGAGAUGGGCGAGCCCGAGCCUGGGGAGUGUCCGGCCGUGUCUUCUGCAGCUGAGGGACCAGAAACAGAAAAAAAUGACGGGGCCGGCCCAGGGGCAGCCGAGGCAGAUGAGGAGGAUGGCCCUGCUCAGGCUGCUCCAGACCCUCUUCAGGUGGAAGCUGAAGCUGAAAAUAAAAAGAAGAAGAAGAAGAAAAACAAGAACAAGGGAGUGGGUCUUCCCCCUGAGAUAGCGGCUGUGCCUGAGCUGGCGAAGUACUGGGCCCAGAGGUACAGGCUCUUCUCCCGUUUUGAUGAUGGGAUUAAAUUAGACAGAGAGGGCUGGUUUUCCGUCACACCUGAGAAGAUCGCCGAGCACAUCGCUGGCAGGGUCAGCCAGUCCUUCCAGUGUGACAUUGUGGUCGAUGCGUUUUGUGGAGUUGGGGGAAACACCAUUCAGUUUGCCUUAACAGGAAAGAGAGUGAUUGCCAUUGAUAUUGAUCCCGUCAAGAUUGAUCUGGCUCGAAAUAAUGCGGAAGUGUACGGGGUAGCGGACAAGAUUGAGUUCAUCCGAGGCGAUUUCCUACAGCUGGCUCCUCGCUUAAAGGCCGACGUCGUGUUCCUCAGCCCGCCCUGGGGAGGCCCCGACUACGCCACCGCGGAGACCUUCGACAUUAGGACCAUGAUGGCUCCUGAUGGCUUUGAAAUUUUCAGACUUUCCCAGAUGAUCACCAAUAAUAUUGUUUAUUUUCUUCCAAGAAAUGCUGAUGUUGACCAGGUAGCAUCCUUGGCUGGGCCUGGAGGGCAAGUGGAAAUAGAACAAAACUUUCUUAAUAAUAAGUUGAAGACAAUCACUGCGUAUUUUGGGGAUCUGAUCCGCAGGUCAGCCCCGGAAUCGUAACUGUGGUGGUUCAAAGACAAAAAGAUCAUGUGGGGUGAGAACAUGACUCACCUGAGACGCUGCGCUUCUCUGUCCUCGCUGACAUUACGUCCCAUUCACUCGCCAUCGUGUCCCCAUGUGAAACAGAAACUUACAGAAAGUCGAUGACUGCUAAUGAAGUGUCCUGAGAUCUUUGUGUAAUAUCCACUAUGGGCGUUGGGCCUCGGUCUAGUACGGCAAAGGCAGGCUUUCCCUGUGCUUUGUGUCAGUCAGUGUAUCUGUAUUUUUUUUUUUUUUAAUUUAACGUCUGCGUGUGUGUGUGUGUGUGUGUGUGUGUGUGUGUGUAAAAGCAAUUAUUGUGUUUCUUUUAUAGAGAUAUAGAGAAAAUGAUGAAUGAGUUAUAAUCUACCCACUGCUUCUGAAGUAAAUAAUGUUAUUUACUUAACUGCUCCUGAAGUAAAUAAUCUUAUCCUUUCCAGGUAGACAGACCAGCGGUACGGAUGGUACAAAAUGAUGAGAACACGUUCCCUCCCCUCCCCCACCCCUGUUCCUCUCUCUAGAAGCCACCAUGGGUUAACAGGAUCUUGCAGUCCUUUGGAGGACAGAAAGGAAUUCCAGUAUACCCUAAUACUCUGUUUUCUCCUCGUUGAUGCCCUGUUCAGUGCCCCCACUUUUUUUACUCAUCGUGUAUAUAUUUUUUAAGUACAUACUUUUUUAUAAAUGCGUGUGUCUUGGAAACCUCUCCGAGCCGGUACAGACUCCCGGAUCUACCUCACUCCUUCUCACUGCCACACGCACUCCAACUUCUUUCUACCUAACGGGCCGGUCCCCUCUUGCUGGACCCCUGCGCUGUUAGCGGGCUCGCGGUUACCAGCUGUUCUGUGCCGAACACACGAUUCAGUCCAUCACCCGACCCCAGCUCUGCACCUCCUCAAGCCUUUGAAUUUUUCGCUAUUUCAAGUGUGAAAAAAUGCUCACUGCCUGGGUGUGUUUCCUGAAUUAUGAAUGAGAUGUGAAAAACUUUCGUAUAUUGUAAUAGUUUUCCCCCUUUAAAAUGACUAUUGCCAUCUUUCAUCA